UGCCGCGAAGUUUGGAAAAUUAUCAGACGAAUUUUGUCAAACAAGCAAAAAGAUGGCUCGUACUAAGCAGACCGCACGCAAAUCUACAGGAGGAAAGGCUCCUCGCAAGCAGUUGGCCACCAAGGCUGCCCGCAAGAGCGCACCAGCCACCGGCGGAGUCAAGAAGCCCCAUCGUUACAGGCCCGGUACCGUAGCUCUCCGUGAGAUCCGUCGUUACCAGAAGAGCACCGAGCUGCUGAUCCGCAAGCUGCCCUUCCAACGUCUGGUCCGUGAGAUCGCUCAGGACUUCAAGACCGAGCUGCGUUUCCAGAGCUCUGCCGUCAUGGCCCUUCAAGAAGCCAGCGAAGCCUACCUGGUCGGCCUCUUCGAGGACACCAACCUGUGCGCCAUCCACGCCAAGCGUGUGACCAUCAUGCCCAAAGACAUCCAGCUGGCCCGUCGCAUCCGUGGCGAGCGUGCUUAAGCAGAAGGCUUCCA